AUGGCUGCCCCCUUGGUUCCUCAAGACGUGCAAGAGGUCGCCCGGGUCCUCGGGGCCCUCGAGGCCGCUCGGAAAGAAAAGAAGCGUGGUGCAUUUUCUAUCAAGAAGACCACUUUCAGCGUCAAGGACUCUCAGGAUGGGAUCCAGGUAGAUUCUUGGCGACUGCAGGACUGGGACUACAAGAGACGCGACUUGCCUACCUACGCCCGCGGCCUUUUCACAACUAGGACCCGUUCCAAGGAGCCAGAGAUUGCUGUCAGAGGCUACGACAAGUUCUUCAAUGUUGGCGAGGUCAACGAGACCAAGUGGGAAAACAUCACUGCAAGGACCCAACCGCCGUACGAAUUGACUCUCAAGGAAAACGGGUGCAUCAUCUUUGUUGCUGGCCUCGAGGACGACACCUUGCUGGUCUGCAGCAAGCACUCCACUGGCGACCGAUCCGACGUUGAUGUCAGCCACGCUUCCGCCGGCGAACUGCGGUUGGAGAGGCAGCUCGCCGCCAUCGGCAAGACAAAGGCAGAUCUCGCGCGCGAUCUGCGUCAACGCAAUGCAACCGCCGUCGCCGAGCUAUGCGACGACUCUUUCGAGGAGCACAUCCUCGCCUACGGGCCUGACAAGGCUGGCCUGUACCUCCACGGCAUCAACCUCAAUUUGCCCGAGUUUGUCACGUACCCCAGCCCCGCGGUCCAGGAGUUUGCCGACCAGUGGGGUUUCCGGAAGACGGGCCUAAUGGUCAUGAACGAUAUACAUCAGGUCAAGGCUUUUCUUGAAGAAGCGGCCGAGACUGGUGCGCAUGAUGGACGAGACGUUGAGGGCUUCGUCAUCCGCUGCAAAAUGAGUGUCAACCCUGGCUCGCAGCCGUACCAGGAUUGGUUCUUCAAGUACAAGUUUGAAGAGCCUUACCUGAUGUACCGGCAGUGGCGCGAAUGCACCAAAGCUCUCAUCUCUGGCAGGCCACCCAAGUUCAAGAAGCAUGUCCGCAUCACAGAAGAGUAUCUCUUGUACGCCCGGCAGCGCCUCGCCGCAGAUCCACGACUGGGGAAGUCGUACAACCAGAACCAUGGCAUCAUUGCCCUGCGCGAUGACUUUCUCAAGUUCAAAAACCUCAACGGCUCCGACGCGGCCAACAUGGACGAUGCAAACCCCGUGGCUAUGACCGAGGUCACCGGAGACGUUAUCCUUUGUCCGAUUGCGACCAUUGGAUGCGGCAAGACCACCAUUGCCCUGGCAUUGGCACAUCUUUUUGGUUGGGGCCAUAUACAGAAUGACAACAUCUCCGGCAAGGGGCGCCCGCCCAGAUUCACCAGGGCUGUGCUAGAGCAGCUCAGGCAUCACCCCGUGGUGUAUGCAGACCGCAACAACGCUCAGAGACACGAGAGGAAGCAAAUAAUCACCGACGUCAAGAUGCAGCAUGCUACGGCUAAACUGGUAUGUCUCAACUGGCGCCAUGAUGACGAUGCCAUCGACGAGAUCCGCCGCAUCACACAAGAGAGAGUGCUGGCACGUGGCGACAACCACCAGACUAUUCACGCCGCAACGGACAAGAACAAGUAUCUGGGAAUUAUGGAGGGCUUCAUCAACCGCUUCGAGCGCUGCAGCCCUCACUCGCGACCUGAUGACGGUUUCGAUGUCAUCAUCGAUCUGGAUCCGGCAGUCGGGAGCCGCAUGAACCUCGAAACCGUUGUCAAGCAGCUGCAGCGGUAUUUCCCCAACUUGGUGAAAGAAACGCCGUCAAGCGAGCAGCUCGAUGCCGCCAUCGAAGCUGCCAUUGGCUAUAAACCGGACUUCAAGCACGAGCUGCCGGACCGGACAAAUGGAGGCAGCAAGAAGACGCAGCAGCCGCAACCACAGGAGAAUCAGAGGAAGUCGAGGCAAAAACAGCUGGAGUACAUGUCUAUUGACGUGCCGGCCAAUGCCAUCACCGCGGCACUGGAUCAGGCCUUUCAAGGGGUCGACCCGAAGACGUCCCGCUUCUAUAUGCAACUCAAGCAAACACGGCGAGUGCAAAACAAAUUUCAUGUAACUCUCAUGCAUCGCGCAACGGCCAAACAACAUCCCGAGUUGUGGAAGCGGUACACAACGCUGUAUGAUGCUUCAGCGGGGACUGAGGAUAAGCUUGACGAGUGUGGUCUAAUACUGGAGAGGGUUGUCUUUGAUGAUCGCAUCAUGGCCAUCGUCGUUCGCCUGAUCGACGCGGAGGGCAAGUGGGAUUGCGUGAACCGCGUAGCUCACAUCACAGUUGGAACACGCGACAGCACAGUGAAGCCGAAGGAGAGCAAUGAUUUGUUGGCGAGGUGGCUGGAUGAUGGCGUCUCUGAUGGCGGGAUAGUAGAACGGGUUUUCGAACCCAAGCCGACCGUGGUAGGCGCCGUCAGGGGUGUGGCGUCAAGGUAG